CAACGUUACACCCGAUUCAAUCAUUUCAUGGUUUAGCAUAUAAUAAUUAACACUAGCAAUAUUGUCAAUUACUACUUGUCUAUAUCCAUCCUCCUAUUCUAGUAUAUGUAUAUAUUAAAGCCUUACAAUCGAAGGAAGUAUAUAAGAGGGUCAAAAACCUCAAAAACACCAAGUUAUUAUAUACAUCAAAUAUGAUGAGGAGUCACAAGAGAGGUAGUACCAAUUAUCUUGGUACCGAUAGAACACGGCUACUCGCCCUAGGCACAUUGUUCGGGUUUGUAGCGGGUGCACUACUGAUGUCGGCUUUUGAGGGGUCUGUAGGCAGGUGGUCCUCUUAUCGAUAUUCUUUCUCCUCCGUGUCCACCGCCACACCGGUGCAGCUGAAGGCGAUCCUUCACUACGCGACUUCCAAGGUGGUCCCACAACAGUCCCUAAAGGAGGUUACGGAGUCAUAUAACGUACUCCAAACCCUAGGGUCAUGCAACUUCCUAGUAUUCGGGUUGGGUCAUGACUCCCUCAUGUGGGCCGCACUUAACCCGAAUGGGACCACCCUUUUCUUAGAAGAGUCCCCGGAAUGGGUCACCUCCGUUUUAAAAGGCGCGCCUUUUUUAAACGCCAUAACGGUGUCAUAUAAAACAAAGCUCCUAGAAGCCGAUAAGCUACUAGAAACGUACCGGGAGGAACCCGACUGCCGGCCCGAGAGGGCCUUCUUGAAGGGGAACCAGCAUUGCAAGCUAGCCUUGGAUAACCUACCAGAAGAAGUGUAUGAAAGGGAGUGGGAUGUGAUCAUGAUCGACGCGCCUAGGGGAUACUCCCCGGAACACCCGGGGAGGAUGGCGGCGAUAUUCUCCGCAGCCGUGAUGGCGCGUGAGAGGAAAGGGGUAGGUAAUACACAUGUUUUCUUACAUGAUGUUAACAGAAAAGUGGAGGAAACGUUUGCAAAAGAGUUUUUGUGCAUGAAAUAUAAGGUUGGUAGUGUUGGAAGGUUGUGGCAUUUUGAAAUUCCACCGGUUAGCAAUGAUAAUAACGGCGGUAGUAUCAAUAAUUUUUGUUAACCCCGUUUAAUAUAUUAAUAUUAAGAAAUUAAAUAUACUGAUAUUAUAUAUUUUUUUUCA